UGUUUUUAUUUUCUGUGGUUUUCUUUUUCCUUUUUCUCACUUUUCUGCUGUUUGGACUUUUUUUGAAUUGAAUUUUGAUGAAUUUUUGAUAAUGAAUAAAAAUUGUUGAUGAAGAACUGAAUUUAUUGUUUUCGAGUUCAAAACAACUUUUUGCAGAGCUGAUUUCGUCACAAUGGGCGAUCGGUACAAUAUUCAUUCUCAGCUCGAGCAUCUUCAAUCGAAGUACGUCGGAACCGGUCACGCUGAUACCACCAAGUUUGAAUGGUUAUUGAAUCAACACAGAGAUUCGUUUUCGUCCUAUAUUGGACACUUCGACAUGUUGAAUUUUUUCGCUAUCGUGGAAAAUGAAGCGAAGGCUAGAGUUAAAUUCAACUUGAUGGAACGUAUGUUGCAACCUUGCGGCCCUCCUCCAGAAAAACCCGAAGAUUAGAAAUUAACGAAAUAUAAUUAGGCUUUUUAAAAAACAUUUAUAUUACGUUGUAAGUAAAUACAUUUAUCUUUAACAUUUA